GACUCUGUCUGGACGGGUAGCAAUGCUUUAGUCAGAUGUCUGGGGAAAUCUGACUUCAAAGCAUGGAGUUCCGCUAUUCCAGAGAAGUCGAUCUGACUGUCUACGAGACGGAUGGCCUUGACUACGGGAUUCCACUGCGUGUGCAUAAUGACCCACUCGAGGAAGUCAAUGGAACUCUUCGUGCUCAAAGAGACUGGACGAAAUAUAUCCAACCUGUGAUGGGUUACAAUGGAAACCUCGGCGACCCUUAUAGCUUCAUGUCUGUUACAGUUCCGGAAUGCUUGCCAGACAGACUCGAGAUCAUUUCAUACGCCAACGAAUAUGCCUUUCUUUAUGACGACUGGAUGGAAAGUUUUGACUUGAAAAAGGACCUGGGUGAGAACGGCGUGUUUCUGGAAGCCUUUGGGGCUGGUGCUCUUGAGGGUAAAAAUGACCCAAAAGCCCGCCCCGAGAAACGUCUUCAAUCGCAAGUUCUCUCCGAGAUGAUGGCCAAAGACCCGGAGCGAGCCAGAACUACCAUGAAGGCGUGGGCUGGUUUUGUCCAGUCGGCAUCGAAGACGCGGUCGUCACCGUUCGAGACAUUGGACCAGUACAUGCCAGCACGAGCUAUUGAUGCGGGGGAAGGCAUCUGGUUCGGUACCUUGACCUUUGGAAUGGGACUGACCAUUCCGGAUGACGAAUUUGACCUGUGUACGAAACUAGCUAGACCGGCCUACAUAGCUUUGGGGCUGGUCAAUGAUCUAUAUUCGUGGGAAAAGGAACGAGCUGCAUCCGUUCAAGCGGGACACGACUAUGUUUUCAACGCUAUUUGGGUUAUCAUGAAGGAGAGGUCUGUAGGAGAGGAGGAAGCGAAGAAGAUAUGCCAUAAGGAGAUUAUCAAGGCCAUUUCGACAUACUGCCGGACGCUGGAAGAGACGAAGAAUGACUUAUCCUUGUCCCACGAUCUUCGGAUGUAUCUCGAAGCUGUGUUACUGAGCUAUAUUGGGAAUCUCGUCUGGAGCAUCUACUGUCCUCGAUACCGGGAGUUCUAGAUUGGUUUAGGUAGAUUAGAGGUUUGCUGGUAGCCGUUGGAAGUCGCGAAUAUCUUACCACUUAAGAUUACCGGCAUGUAGUUCCGAAUUUACAGUUGUCAUUUUCCUUUUCAGGGGUCAUGUACGUACCUUCACUCCCAAUAACUACCUAAAGACUGAAGGAUCAUAAAAG